GAAAAGGGACAUGUUAGAGGCUGGCAGGGCCGUGGAACAACACGUCUAUACGGGGUAACGGACACCCUUUCAGAGAUGGGCUACUUCGCCCAAAGAGGAAGGAGACGAAUUUGAACUUUGUAGCUACAACCAGGGCUCGAUGUGGUGUUUCUGGACGCUCAUAUGAAAGAGUUACUUUAUGUUUAAAAUGUGGGAGAUGGUGGCGUUACCGAGAGCGAGCUUUCCCUUCCUGUCGUAUAGGACAAGAUGGCAGCAAUGCAGGCGAACUGUGCAUGGUAUGGAUUUAUGAGUCCAUAACAUGUUCAGAGAAGCCCUGGAUUAUACUUAUAGUGACUCUAUGUGAAGGUAUGGCCUCACAAGUCUUGUUCUACCCACCACACAUUUAUCAAACCCAGACAAGUGCCUUUAGCAGUGUGAAGAAACUCAAAGUCGAGCCCAGCAGCUGUGUGUACCAUGAGAGGGCACACCUGUGGACUUAUCUGAACAGCAGAACCCUUGGCAUUGUGCACCUAACGAAACAAGCCCACUCGUUUGUGAACCGAGACUUGGCAGUGGGCGUGAAAGUGCGUGGAGGACAAGAGUACCCUGUGCAGACAGUGGUGGUGCGUGGUGUACAGAGACAGCAGCCCUGUAAAAGAGAAGGAGGAGGAGGAGGACAAGGCCCGGCUGCCGCCCAGCAGCGACAGGACGCGGAGAUUGUCCACUUGCAGGGCAAGGAGCAGCAGCAGCAGACAGACACAGCAAGUGGGGGCAGCAGUGGAGCAACAGGGGCAGGAGGAGGGGGAAGGGGAGAGGGUUGCAGUGGAGGAGCUGAGGGAGGUGGAGAGGAGGAGGAGGGUGACAGAGAAGAGAACUGUGGAGGUUUGAACUUGGCUGACAGCUCUCAGCGAUGUGGGCUGAAACGUAAAAGUGAGGAGCUGGAUAACCGAGGGAGCACCAUGCAGAUUGUGGAGGAAUUGUCAAUGUUGCCUGCCAUGAUGCAAACUACAAAUGUGGGGAGCGCAACCAUGACUGCGCCUGCGGCUGUGGGGGCUGGAGGGGGCCCCUCCAAACAGGGUGUAGGUGCAGCAGGAGGGACUGGAGGAGGGGAUGGGGACUAUCAGGUAGUACAGCAUGAAGUCCUGUGUUCCAUGAAGAAUACAUAUGAAGUGCUGGAUUUCUUGGGACGUGGCACAUUUGGCCAGGUCGUAAAGUGCUGGAAGAGGGGCACGGGCGAGGUUGUGGCUGUGAAGAUUCUGAAGAACCACCCUUCAUAUGCACGGCAGGGUCAAAUCGAAGUUGGCAUCCUUGCCCGUCUGAGUGGGGAGAAUGCAGACGAGCACAACCUGGUGCGAGCCUUUGAAUGCUUCCAGCACCGCAGCCACACCUGCCUGGUGUUUGAGAUGCUUGAGCAGAACCUGUACGAUUUCCUGAAGCAGAAUAAGUUCAGUCCGCUGCCCCUAAAAGUGAUCAGACCUGUGCUACAGCAGGUAGCUACGGCUCUGAAAAAGCUGAAGAGCAUGGGUCUGAUUCAUGCAGAUCUAAAGCCGGAGAACAUCAUGCUGGUGGACCCAGUGAGGCAACCCUACAGGGUGAAGGUGAUAGACUUUGGCUCAGCCAGUCAUGUGUCCAAAGCGGUGUGCUCCACGUACCUCCAGUCACGGUACUAUAGGGCUCCAGAGAUUAUUUUGGGAUUGUCGUUUUGUGAAGCCAUAGACAUGUGGUCCUUGGGCUGUGUCAUAGCUGAACUUUUUCUGGGCUGGCCCCUUUACCCUGGGGCCCUGGAGUACGACCAGAUUCGCUACAUUUCUCAGACUCAAGGUUUGCCAGGGGAACAUUUAUUGAAUGCGGGUACAAAGACGGCACGGUUCUUUUGCAGAGAGUCUGACUCCCCUUAUGCAGCAUGGCGACUAAAGUCAACAGACGAGCAUGAGACGGAGACGGGAAUGAAAUCAAAGGAAGCCAGGAAGUACAUCUUCAGCUGUUUGGAUGACAUAGCGCACGUGAACUUGGUGAUGAAUCUGGAAGGUAGUGACUUGUUGGCAGAGAAGGCAGACCGUCUGGAGUUUGUGGGCCUGCUGAAGAAGAUGUUGUUGAUUGAUGCAGAAGAGAGGAUUGCCCCUUCGGAAGCUCUCAGCCACCCCUUUGUGACAAUGCAUCACCUGCUCGACUUUCCCCAUAGCAACCAUGUGAAGUCAUGUUUCCACAUCAUGGAUGUUUGCUGGACUCGUCCCAGUGCAUAUGAGGCGGCUCACAGAAAUAAAGGUCCUUUCAUCAGACCUGUGACCACAAACGCUGCUGCCUCUGUCAACCACCCAUUCAGCAAGAUUACCGGUGUCCACACUCAAGGAUUAGCCCCAUCAGCCCCAUCAGUGAUGCACCCUGGGAUACCACUACAGACAGGAAGUGGUCAGUUUGGAUGCAACGAUUCAUUUCAGCAGGCACUCAUUCUAUGUCCCCCAGCCAUUCAAGCUAAACCAGCAGGCUACUCUGUUCGAAUGGAGGCUUCUGUGCCUCUGGUCACUCAAGCACCACCCAUCCAGCCCAUUCAAAUCCGACCUGGAGUCAUCACACAGGCCUGGUCCAGCCGUGCUCAGCAGAUCUUGGUGCCCACUUGGCAGCAGGUGACAUCAGUGCCCCCACCACCAACCACUUUGGCAUCUGAUACUAUGGCAGGCUCACAAAGAUUGGGUGACUGGGGGAAAGUGCGUCCUCAUGGUAACCAUUACAGCUCCAUGAUUGCACACCCUCAGCCAUUCUUAACCAACCAAAUGACCAUGUCCACCCACCAGCCAAUCAACAUAGGCAUUGCACAUGUGGUGUGGCCACAGCCGGCUGCCAACAAGAGAGCCAAGCCUUGUGUGAACAGGUAUUGCAUGGGCAGCAACUUCUCCCAAAACACAAACGUCCAAAAUAUAGCAUGUCAGUCACCAAAGAUGGCCGAUACAGCAAAGAAUGUGCAGCAGGUAGAAGCCAGAUGCCCAGAGGAAGGGCAUGCUGCUGAAGAGGAGCAAGGCACAGAGCAAGUGGAGGAGGAUGAUGAGAAAUGCUGUAAAGUGGAGCCAGACAGUGAGGAGCUUUCAGCUUCACAGGAGCAGCGGCUGGCCAUGGUGAUCUCUGACCUAGCUAGCCCGACUGUUAGUGUCAUCAGUAUUAGCAGCGAUGAAGAGGAGAGCGCCCAAAGGCACUCAAUGGGAGAGUGUAAGGGUAGUGCAGAUUGUGAGGCGUGUCAGAGCACCGUCAGUAUGGAGAGAGUCUGUUCCCUCAGCAGUCCAGACAGCACACUCAGCACCAGCUCUUCUGCCUCAGCCCAGUCCAGCACCUCACCCUGCAAACACCCCAACAGUAUGUCAGACGACGAACAGGAGAGUGGUUGUGAUACCGUGGACAGCUCGCCUGCCUCAGACGCCUCUCGCCACAGUCCCUUCACACAGCGACGCUUCAUCGCCGACAGCAACCAAAACUGCGAGCCCCGUGUUGCGUGCGUUGCCCCGGAGACCGAGCCCAGCAAGCCAACAGUUCGUACAGUUGUGGUGCCUCCAAUGAGAGUGCAGAACAACAACAACAACUACUACCCUGUUGUCAGUGAAACCUAUGGCAACACAGUCUUAGAGUCUUCAUGCCAGUCCAAAGGGCGAGGCAUUCCUGGGCGACAACAUCACCACUCCACUCCCCUCCUCAACAGGCCCCAGAAGAUCACCCCUGCAUUCCAGCCCCAACAACAGCAGCCUAUAGGCUUUGGGCAGGUGCAGCAUUUCGGUUCCUGCCAUCAGGAAUGGAACGGCAACUUUGCCCACCGGAGACCACAGGCCUAUAUCCCCCCCACCAUACAUGGACACACAUUCACCCUGUCCCACAGCAGCCCAAACCACACUACGGGCCCCCACCUUGGGGGCCACCCGCACACCCAGCCCACCUUACUGUCCUACCCCCCGCCUGGUCCUCUGGUCACAGCUGCACCCGUGGCCCACCUCCUGGCUUCCCCUGUAGCCUCCCGUCCCGUCCUCCAGCCCACCUACAGCAUCUCCCACCCGGCAGGCAUCGUGCAUCAGGUCACAGUGGGCAUCAACUCCCGGCUGCUGCCCUCCCCCACUUUGCACCCCCAGGGCCAAUUCAAGCCCCUCUUUCCCCCGCACUCCUACAUUGCCUCGCCCGCCUACGCCAGUUUCCCUCUCAGCCCCACCAAAAUAAACCAGUACCCUUACAUUUGAGCAUGCCUGCCCAGGUACCCUUUAUACCACCAGAGGGCUAAGUGAGCAGGGCAUCUUAAACCACAAACAUGGUUUUCAUUUCCAAAACCAUGGCACAACCACAGAGAAAGCACGCUAUUUUUUGAAUCAUGUAGACUUGGGUGUAAUUGAACUUCAAGCUUUAAAAAAAGAAAAGAAAAAAAGUGAGAGUUCCAAUGAUGGAGAUGAUUUGGGCAAAGAAUAAAAAGGAAAUAAUGUAUGAAUGAUUGAAUGAAAGAAUGAAUGAAUAGUUAAACUCACACUUAAUGUGUUUUGCACAUUUGAUAUAUAUCUUUGCAUUGGAUCUUCUACGAAUACUCCUCAAAACAGGUAAAAUAAUUGGGGUGGUGUUGAAUAGUUAGACUUUGCACCCCUGAUCCCAGCUAUUUUUCUAUAUUGCCUUCUUACGUGUGCAAGACACAUCCAUAUUUGUAAAGCCAUCCCAGUCUCUAGCUCUAGAUCGACAGAUGCACACGUUGUCCACAGUGUAUGUUGUACUGCGUUUGAAGUAUUUGUACCUUUUCGGUGUCUUUUGGUGUUAGCAAUGUCAUGUCAAUUAACCGAUUUAUCUAGGGUCGUUCCUCACGCUGCAUGUGGUCUUGCAUGAGCAAAAAUGUAAACGGAAAGAUGCAUAGACGUUGCUCUUAUUGUUUGUGUCACAAGACUCGCUGCAUUGUAAAACUGUCCCCAGCCAUAGUGCCUUACAUAUUUGAGGUUGUUAAUGUUACUACUUAUAUAUGACUAUAUACAUGAAUAUUAAUGUACUGGACUGCAGCACUUGAAAUUCCAAUCAGUCGAUGCAUCCUAUGUGUGAGUAUAUAUAUGCACACGUGUGUGUAUAUAUCCUUGCAUAGCCUGCAUGGAUGUGAUGUAUCGCGGAUAGCGGUGCUUAACUUUUGGAGUCGGUGUAUAUUUCAGUGUGUAGUGAGUUACUUUUCUGUUCUUUCAAGAAGAACAGCAUGCUUUGCUGUUGCGAAUGCUUACCGUUUCAUUAAAAACGUUCUUUUUUCCGUUCUCCCUUUCCCCCCAAAUGAACUAGUGUACAAAGUGCAAGUACUGAGUAUUGCUUAAUAUUUGAUAAUCACUUUCUAUUUAGUAAAACUGUUAUUAUAAACAGUAUUUGUACUGUUUGAUGAAACUGCAAUACAAUCUAAAUAGUCGUCGAUUCGUUUUCUUUUCUUGUCUUCGUAUUUUCAUUUUGAGUGUUUUCACUUUGUUUCUUAGAUGUUUAGAAGUGUGGUGGGCAUGGCAUUGAUUAGGUAAGGAAA